GACACGUGAGUACAUGAAGUGAAUAUUAUAAUUCUCACCCCUACUAAUAAUAUAUGGGUUGUUCCCUCUCUUAUAUUGGUUACCCAUGCCUGCCCGAGAUUGAAUAUCCAAGCUAAAUCCAAAAAUUUUUGUUUUUUUGUUUCACAAGGACAAUAAUCCACAAUAAGAACAAAAGAAAAUCUAUAUGCCAACCAAAUUCAUAGCAAUCAUUGCCUAAUAAUUUUCUAUACCACCUUGGGCUUGUGCUCUAGCCUAUGAGUUGUGUUCAAAUCGAUGUGAACAUUAUCAAUUUCGGGGAGUUUUUCAAGCUUAUCUUGAAGUGUCUCUCCAAUGUCGUGUGCUUGACUUAGUGACAUUUGUUUUGAUACCACAAUGUCUACCUCCACAAAGUAGUUGGACCCAAAUGUGUAGGCUCUGACAGUAUCGAUGUGCUUUAUCUCCUUGUCAUGGUUCUAACAAAGAUAUGUUAGCUUUGCAAGGUAUUUUGGUGGGGCUAUUCUCCCAAUCAGUGACCAUACAUUCUCCAUCACCGUUUUUGCCCAGUUACUGAUUGUAUAUAAAGCUAUCUGCAAGGGGCCACUGCAAUGUGUUUGAUAAAAUGCCUGAAAAAGAAUAGGUACCUUUUCUUUCGGUCACUGUGCUUUUGUUUUGCUUGCUUGGAAGGUGACUCUUAGUUUCGGCAUAAUGGGUCUUAGACUUUUUGAGCUACUUUACAGUGGAAAACAUUUUAUUAGAACCAACAAGUCUUCAGCUUUUUUCCUGAACUCCACAUUUUAUCACUCUUCAAAAGACGCUCUCAACUUGCAAUGGUAUCAGGAUGAGUUUCCCAAGGUGAAAGAGUUGACCGAUUUGCUAGCAAAUGUGGAUACAGUUAACGGGAGACUUGUUGAUGUAAACAACAAUACAACCGUAUUUGAUGAUGGCAUUGAACGUGAAAUGUGUACCUUCAAGUCUCUUGUCCGUGUGUUUGUUGGGUCUCCAUUUGUUCAGCACAAGAUGAAACAUGUUGUGGCCUCUUUCACCACAAGCACGCAACAUGAAUCGUUGACCCCUUUUAGUAAAGCAACUGAAAGAGAGCCUAUGGUGGUUGAUUCACUGACCAAAGUGGGCAACUUUCUCAAUGUCUCUACUCAACAAAGGAAGUUGGUUUGUUUAAGAGUGUGCCCACAGGUUACUCAGCAUUGCAUAUGGACUGGUGCACUAAAAGAAGUUCUGAAUGGUUUUGCAGUAGAUUUGAAUUGUUUGAGUUCUCGGGGCUUAAACAAUGGUGCUUUAUUGGGUGGCCAAAUUGUUCAAAGCUGCAUGAAGUUUCUUACUGAAAUUUCUGUCUGUUUGGACCCUAAGUCAUCUUCUUGGAUGAAGCUUUCUCCUUCAAAAACAGUUGAUUCCUAUGAUCCUUAGAAAUGGGAAGAUGUUCUUGUAAUGUUCAAUGAUCUGACUAAAUACUGUAGAAGUGAAAAUAUGUUAAAGUUGCAUGUGGCUAAGGCUGAGGUCAUGAAGGAGGGGCUUUUGCACAUUAGGGAUGUUUUAGUUGACAACAGUAUUGGAUAUAAGGAAGCUCAACAUCAAGAAAGCCUAGUGAAAAAGAAGCUUUCCAAAAUGUUGGGUCACUCGUCUCGUUGCUUAUUCACUCUAUUACUGUAUUACCUCUAUGGGAGGGUUACAAAUAUCGAAGUAGACAUGUGUGGUGGGGUCUAUGCAGAUGGAAGUGAUGACAAGUUUUGCUUGUUUAUGGGAAGAAUCUUGACUUCAGAUAGUGAGAAGACGGUGGGGUGUGGUGUGAAGCAGGACCGAGCGCUUGGGAUUUUUAAGUUUGUGUGGGAAAUGGCUGGAAUGAAAGGACAUUUAGAUUUGCAAGGCCAUAUGUGGUGUGUUGGAGCAGACAAUAAGAUGCUUAGGUAUAGAGGAAACACGUACUUCGUGCAUGGAAUUUGCCUUUGAUUAGAGAUUGUAUCACUAUAUCUUUUAAUCCCACUCCUUGGUGCUAAAAUGUCACCACUUACUAUUUAUAUAAUCUUUUUGCUGCCUAUGGUUUUAGUUUGUAUGGUUUUACAAUUUCAAAUUACCAACAUCUUAAAUUGAUUUUGUUUUUGUUUUUGUUUUUCUUUUGGAGCUUGGACUUUUGCAAGUAUAAGUACACACUUCCUGAAGAUCUA